UGUGCGCUGUCAGAUUAGAGUUUAAUCCGUGGGGUUACGGUCAGAACGGGAACAAUCGCUAGUUACACCUGGAACUGGGCUCGAUAACCGCGAGGAAACGUUGGUUUGAAAGCGAUGGGUUUUAUGGAUGAAUAAUCUAAGUAAUCCAAGCAAUUUGAUAAUGAGAUUACUGACUAACGUUUACGUUAGCAUUCAAAUGGAUUGCAAGUGAUUUGUCAAUCUGAUAUACCCAGCUAGUUUGCUAGCUAACUGUAACUCUUAAAAAGUCGAUAAUCGCAUUAAUUUUAUCCACUAACUAAAUAUUCAAUACUUUUACUACACGGGACAAUCACCACUUUUUCUCCGUUUUUUAUGGUCCAUAUCAAUUAGUGACAUUUGACACGGAUUUACGCUGUUAGCAAUCGAACCUAAUCAAAUCAAUCUUCUCGGAAAGAAAACAAAUCUCUAUUAACUCUCAUAACUUCAAGACAGAGUAACCAGCUAGCGCUACAAACUAGCUAGUAAAGCUAGCUCAUCAAACUUGGUCCUGAGUGGAGGCCAGACGGAACUAACAUGUCUGGAAAAGACAAAGACAAGGAGAACGCCGGAGAAAAACAAUCUACAACUGAGCGGCUAGUAAAAGCCGUGCCGUACCCUCCCCAGCAGCAUCUGUCUAUGAAGGAGCUGUUUGAGGAUGGCAAGCCCAACGCAGAGACGCUCCGCACGCACCUAGUGAAGGAGGGCCGGCUGGAGGAAGAGGUGGCCCUCCGGAUCAUCAACGACGGAGCCAACAUACUGAGACAGGAGAAGUGUAUGCUGGAGGUAGAGGCACCCAUCACAGUGUGUGGAGAUGUCCAUGGCCAGUUCUUUGACCUAAUGAAGCUGUUUGAAGUGGGAGGCUCACCCAGCAACACACGUUAUCUGUUCCUCGGAGACUAUGUAGACCGAGGCUACUUCAGUAUUGAGUGUGUGCUGUACCUCUGGUCACUCAAGAUCAAUCACCCGACCACACUCUUCCUCCUGCGAGGGAACCACGAGUGCCGGCACCUCACAGAGUACUUCACCUUCAAACAGGAAUGUAAGAUCAAGUACUCAGAGCGCGUGUAUGAUGCCUGCAUGGAAGCCUUUGACUGCCUGCCCCUCGCUGCUCUCCUCAACCAACAGUUCCUGUGUGUACACGGCGGUCUCUCCCCAGAAAUCAACUGCCUAGACGACAUUAGGAAAUUAGACAGGUUUAAGGAGCCUCCAGCGUUCGGCCCUAUGUGUGACCUGAUCUGGGCUGACCCAGGAGAGGACUACGGCAGUGAGAAGACAGCAGAACACUUCAACCACAACUCUGUGCGAGGCUGCUCCUACUUUUUCAGUUACCCGGCAGUAUGUGACUUUUUGAUCAAUAAUAACUUGUUGUCGGUAAUAAGAGCACACGAAGCACAGGAUGCAGGGUACCGGAUGUACAGAAAAAGCCAGACUACAGGCUUUCCUUCAUUAAUUACAAUCUUCUCAGCACCAAAUUACCUAGAUGUAUACAACAACAAAGCUGCUGUAUUAAAGUAUGAAAACAAUGUGAUGAACAUUCGGCAGUUUAACUGCUCCCCCCACCCCUACUGGCUGCCCAACUUCAUGGACGUCUUCACCUGGUCUCUGCCCUUUGUUGGAGAAAAAGUGACAGAGAUGCUGGUGAAUGUGCUUAACAUCUGCUCGGAUGAUGAACUCAUGUCAGAAGGAGACGACCUGUGUGAAGAAGACGGUGGAAUCCCAGCAGUGCGCAAGGAGGUGAUCCGGAACAAGAUCCGAGCCAUCGGGAAGAUGGCCAGAGUCUUCUCUGUUCUCAGGGAGGAGAGUGAGAGUGUGCUGACACUCAAAGGACUGACCCCCACUGGGUCGCUGCCUCUAGGAGUGUUGUCAGGGGGCAAAGAGACCUUGCAUACCGCCGCCGCUGAGGCAGCGGAGGCAAAAGCUAUUCAAGGCUUCUCUCCCACGAGGAAGAUCAAGGACUUUGCGGAGGCACAGAGCCUGGACAAAGUCAACGAGAGGAUGCCCCCACGCAAGGAUGGCCAGCAGCCGGUCAACCCAAACGCCCCCAAGAACGGCACAGGCUAGGCCUGGAGAUUGACCCCCCACCAGGCCAUGGCCCUGUCUCAUACACCAAAACGAUCUUUAUAUCUUCUUUCUUUCUCUCUCUCUCUCUCUCUAUCUCUCUAUCUCUAUCUCAUCUAUCUUAUCUAUCUUAUCUAUCUAUCUCCCUCUCUGUCCUAUUGUGACUCUGCACCCUGCUGGCCUAUACAGUUGACAAGCACAGGACAUGUAGGUAGGAAAGACACCACCGCACUGGGAGAAUGGUUUCAGCCACCACCGAGCACAACCAUGAAAAAAACUAAAACCUAUUUUAUUUAUUAAAUUAAUUAUAUUAGGUAUAUUAUGUAAUGCUACAAUUUUAAUGAAAGCAUACAUUUCUAAGAUGUUCAAAUAAGCAUAUAACUAUGGUAAAUGUCAAAGAUAAAGACCAUUUUGUAAAUUUGAGUUGAUCGAGGAAGCUAGUAAAAUUUGUCAAUUCAAGUUUUUCUAUUGUUCUUUUAUGUGUUUUGCAAAGGAAAGUUGACUGAAUCUACAGAUAUCUACAGUAUGUGUGCUCACAUACAUGUUUGUCCAUUUAAAGAAUAUUAUGAUGUGUAUUAAAUGGAGAGAAAGUAAUGAAGGGAAAGAUUUGACACCAUUGCAGAAGAUUAGUUUAUAGUAAAACAGUUUUUUAGUUUU